CCGCCCUUGGUCGUUCUCGUUGCAUGCUGGGAGCGGCCGUUCCCAGGACCCGGAAGCGUCGACACUGCAUGACGGGAUCCACGUGGUUGACGCGCUUGCGGAGGCUGGGGCUGCUGGCGGACCGGCCUCCUUCCUCUUUGUUCCGAGAGCUAAGGUGGCAUCAGCUAUUGGCAGGUGAGCAAACUGAGAUGGGACGGACGUCAAAGGAUAAGCGGGAUGUCUACUACCGUCUGGCCAAGGAGAAUGGCUGGCGGGCCCGCAGUGCCUUCAAGCUGCUACAACUUGAUGAGGAAUUCCAGCUCUUCCAAGGUGUAACACGGGCAGUUGACCUGUGUGCAGCCCCAGGCAGCUGGAGCCAGGUGCUGAGUCAGAAGAUUCGGGGCCAGGGGCCCAGCCAUGUGGUAGCUGUGGAUUUGCAGGCUAUGGCUCCCCUACCAGGUGUGGUACAGAUCCAAGGAGACAUCACUCAGCUUUCCACUGCCAAGGAAAUCAUCCAGCACUUUGAGGGCUGCCAUGCAGACCUAGUGGUGUGUGACGGGGCUCCUGAUGUCACCGGCCUCCAUGAUGUCGAUGAGUACAUGCAGGCCCAGCUCCUCCUAGCUGCUCUGAACAUUGCUACCCACGUCUUGAAGCCAGGGGGUUGCUUUGUUGCCAAGAUAUUCCGAGGCCGGGACGUGACACUGCUCUACAGCCAGCUGCGAGUCUUCUUCUCCAGCGUGCUUUGCUCGAAACCCAGGAGCAGCCGGAACUCCAGCAUCGAGGCCUUCGCUGUCUGUCGGGGUUAUGACCCUCCGGAGGGCUUUGUGCCAGACCUGACCAAGCCUCUGCUGGACCACUCGUACGACUCAGAUUUCAACCAACUGGAUGGUCCCACCCGCAUUAUUGUGCCUUUUGUGACCUGUGGAGACCUGAGCGCAUAUGAUUCAGACUGCAGUUACCCACUGGACUUACAGGAUGGCUCUGAGUACAAGUAUACUCCUCCCACACAGCCCCCCAUCUCGCCUCCAUACCAGGAGGCCUGCACGUUGAAGAAGAAGGGGCAGCUGGCCAAGGAGAUCCGCCCCCAGGACUGCACCAUCAGCAGAGUGGAUACAUUGUCCCAGCCCCUGUCGCCUCAGCGCCACACCUUGCUGGGCCCUGAGAUAGAGGACAACAAAAUGAACUGUACACCUUAACACAUUAAAUUAGCUGGCAAGCUGACACAACUCAGAAGCUGCUGCCUGUCAGGAAAAGGAGAACUUGAGUUGGUGAAAUUGUCCUCACAUCAUCAACGGGGCCUGAACAGACAAGCUGGAAAUGGGAAUCUGCAACAACCCCCUGUCUUAAUCACUUUCUCGUCAUUGGGACACAAUACCUAACACCUACAACUUAAAGGAGGAGAGGUUUAUUUUGGCUCACACAUUUUAGUCCAUAAUUGACUAGCUCCAAGGAUGAAGGGCAUGGGUGGUGUUUUAAGAGUUGCCAACGUUUUUAACAGUUUCAGCAUUGCUGAAAAGUUCAAGUCCAAAGUCUCCUCUAAGACUCAAAGUGAACUCUUAGCUGUGAGCACCUGUAAAAAUCAAAGUUAAAUACUUCCAACAUACAAUACUAUGGAAUGAACAUUCCCAUUCCAAAAAGGAUGAAUAGAGAAGAAAAAAAGGAGUGGGACCAAAGCAAGACUGAAACCCAGCAUUAAAUGCUGUAGCUCCAUGUCCAAUACUUGCGCCAAGUUGUGGCGAGAUGGAAACCAAAUUGCUUGGGUGGCCCCACCCCUGAAGUUUUGCCAUUUGAACCCCAAGGGCUUCUCUCAGGGUAGCUUUGCUCCACUGUAGCAUUCCUUAGCUGAUAUUCCACAUUCCUGGCAUCUGUAACUUCCUGGAGUCUCCACUGCACCACCAGCUUCACUCUUCAGCUUCAUGCACUGCCCUCUCAGGCACACUCAAAAUCUGGAUGGAAGCUUCCUAGACCCCACAACACUUGUAUUCUGUAUGCCUGUAAAAGCAGCACCAUGUGGAUGAUGCCAAGGUCUGCCACCAGCUCAAGUGGUAGCUGGGGCCUCUUAUAUUAUGGCUGCAGCGCCCCUGAGUGCCUCAAUGGCUGAGCACUGUGAACCAAAUCCUAGGGAACCAAUUCCCUAGGUACCCCUUCUCCAGCAUGGUGCCCUGAGGUUCUUCAACAAACUUUAGCCUCAGAGGAGUGGGGUUUUGCAGAUUUCUUAGGUGCCUGCAAGGCAUCCUUCCUAUUGUCCUAAUGUAAAAUAUUUGGCUUUCUAAUGCAAAUCUUUUUAGCAACCAAGCUUUCCUUGGCCAAAACUUUACAAGGGACUUCCUUUUUGGUGACAUUCAAAAUUUAAAAUCACUCAGCUAUUCAGUUUGCUCUUGAUUCUCAAUAUAGAUCUGGCUAAAGGCUGCCAACAAUACCCAUGACACAGCCUCAGCAUUGGCCUGCCUUGAAAUUUUUCCUGAUCUAGUAAUCCAGUACCUUUAAUCUCAGUCUCCCACUAAGUCUCAGGACAUGAACAGAACGUAGACAAAGAUUCUGCCAGUGUAACACACGUGGCCUGAAGUCCAAUUGCCAAUGGAGCCCUUGUUCCAAACUGAAACUUCCCAAGCCUGGUCUUGAUGCCAUCUGCCUUUCAGCAUUCUGGUCUUCUGAGCUCUUGACAAGAAUCUCCCAUCAAGCUUGGCUUAGAGCAUUCUAGGGCUUUUCUAGCUAGCAUUACCAGACCUUUCUAAACACCCCUGCCCCAAAGAACCAGGUCCAAAGGCUUCCAAACCACAUGGCCAGGUAGCAUCACAGCAAUGACCCCACUCCUGUUACCAAAAUCUGCCUUAGUCACUUUAUUGUUCCUGGGAUUCAAUGCCUGACACCAACAAAUUGAGAUGUUUAGCUUUGGUUCACCUGUUUUUAGAGAUUUGUCUGUAGUUGUAUGGCUCCAGGGCAGAAACAGCAUGGUAGAAGGGCCUGUUGCAAAAGAAGACCGUACCUCUUGGCAGCCAGGGAGGGAGAUGUACUCUUCUAGUCAUGUUCCCAGUGACCUGCCUCUUCUGACAAGACUGUCUCUUAAGUUAGCUAUAGUGCUCCCCAUAAUUCGUCACCUACCGAACACAUAAGGCUUUGGGAGCCAUUUUAGAUCUAAACUAAUACUCCACAAGGAUAACCAGGAAAGAAAUAGCACAGAAGUCUGCUAUACUAUAGUGAAUUUUGUAAGCUUUGUAAGGACUUGCCUCUUCUAAACCUUUCAGAUAUCCUGACUGUAAUAUCUCCCUAAAGUAGGGAUUCUUCACCUGAUAGAUGUCAGGUAACCAUGAACUUGAAGGAGGAAAAUGUUUCACUUUUAUUUUCACUAAUAUAACUGAAACUUAGCUUUACUGCCAGUUAUAGAUAUUGAUAAAAAUCAACAGAAGCAGUAUGCAAUUUUCCCACUACAGCAAGUCACUUUAUGUUACAAGACUGUUACUGUUAUGUUGAAAUACUGUUCACAGUCCUCACCAUUUUGGGUGAGAGCAGAUCUCAUAUUGAUAUUCUAAUUAAGCCCCUUUGGCCAGGCAUGGUUUAAUCCCAGCACUCAGAAGGCUGAGGUGGGAGGAUUGCCUCAAGUAGCCUAGGCUACUUGAUGAGUUCAAGGACAGCCUGAACUACAUAGCAAGACCAUGCCUCAAAAACAUAUAUUUUAGGGCCAGGGAUUUAGCUCAUUGGUUAUGCCACCUGCCUCACAAGCACAAGGACCUGAGUUCGAUCCCCGGUACAACAAAUAUAUAUAUAUAUUUAAGAAGCCCUUUUAUUACUGCAUCCCAAUUUUCUUUAAUAAAAUAUAGAUAAUUGUA